UCUCACACUUCCCCGUGAGAGCUGCGCAUCCACUGACGGACCUGCGGUGGGGAAUGGGGGGCACGACUGCUCCUCUCCGAGGUAGUCACGGACUGGGGGGCGCCCUCGUGCCAGCAGCGAGGAGGCGAUGCGCGGGGCUACGUCACCGCCUCGUUAUCGCCGCACAGCUGACGGUGAUUGCGGAACAAAAGGGCACGCGGAAGGGGGAGGAGGCGAGCGAGCGAGGAGUCCUCAUUAGCGCCGUGCCGCGCCUCCAGCAAUCCCAGCGCCCGGUUGAAUUGGUCCCUGGCGUAGGAGGCGAACUCGUGGGGCGCUGCCCGCAGGGAGAAGGAACGAGAGACAUCGGCCGCAGCAGCGCUCCGCUGUUUGCGAGCGACGCCGACGUGAAGAGGACGCGAGAAGGGAGACGCAGGAGAGAGUUCCAUCCUCCCCCCCCACCCCCGAACUCUUCUGCGUGGUGGGGACGCGGGGCUCGCGGGGACGGAGAGGAGGGAAAUGCCUCUGCUGCGAGACGACGAGAGCUGCUCGACUGCGGCCGCGAUGAGCUCUCCUCGCCUGGAGGUGGACGAGGGCGACCUCGGUACGAGCGCUCACCACGAGGAGGAGGUGCGGACCCUGUUUGUGAGUGGGCUGCCCGUGGACAUCAAACCCCGUGAGCUCUACUUGCUCUUCAGACCCUUCAAGGGAUACGAGGGCUCUCUGAUCUUGGUGACCUCGAAGCAGCCCGUGGGAUUUGUAACCUUUUACAGCAGAGCACAAGCAGAAGAUGCCAAAGUCUCUCUGAAUGGCGUGAGGUUCGACCCCGAGAGCCCUCAGACCCUACGCCUGGAGUUCGCUCGCGCCAAUACCAAGACGUCGAGGAACCGACUGCUGGCGACGCCCAACCCAAUGCCGCACCCGGCGCUGGGAGCCCACCUGGUGCUGCGGGACCCGUUUGACCUGUCGGGCGCCCCGAUGCUCUCCCCCGCUGACACGUGGGCCGCCCCCUACCCGCUGUUCGACCUGGGGCCCCUGCUACCCUGCCCGUCCCUCGCCUACCCCGCCUCUGCGCUGCCGUCACAGAUGCACUGGAUAUCCCCCUCCUAGGAUGAGCCACUCUGUGGGGGAGCAGCGAAGCGCUCCUCGGCGCUGGCGAGGGACAAGGGGGGCAGACGCACGAAACGUGGCGAGUGCCGGAGCGUUCGCUCGGCACUCCGGUCGUGGUGGCUCGUGGAUCCGGUCCUUUCUCCUCGGUGGCCCUGUGCAGCGUGGUCCGUAAGCGCUACCAAAUUGUCCUCGUCGUUGCCUUGUUGUUGUGGGGCGACUCUAAUGUGCCACGCACGGCUUGUUUACAAGCAGAUCGCGUACUCUAGGAGGUAAUACGGCAUAUCCCGCGGAUAGCCCUGCCUGCUCGCGUUGAACGUGUUUUUAGUACUUGUUUCUAGUUUGAGUUGUCUGUAAGAGCAGACUGCAUCUGCUGUGGCACAGCUGAUUCUCUAAGGACUGAUGUGUGGGUGUGAGGUUUGCUUAACGAGAAUUAACAUGUGCCAUCCCUCAACAGUUGGGUACCCCCGAAGAUGUUUUGAAUUGGCAUCGUUGGUGAAGUCUGACCCCCCCCUCCCCCCCCUGGGUGAGCGCUGGAAGCCCGAGCCGAUGUGUUUGUCCAGUUUGGGGUGGAGAUUUGUAUUCCUCCUAAAUUGCAGAUGACGCAAUCCGAUUUUUUUUCUUUUCCAGUUAAUGAAAAUGCCUUAAAUAUGUUCUAAAUCUCCAGUCCUUGAAUGCAUCGCUGGAUUAUGGAUGGGUGUUCCCCCAUGACUUUAUUUUAGUCUUGCUAUUUGAAAAAAAUAAAAUGGGUUUAAAAAUAAAACGUGGGUUUAUCUUGAUGACACAAAGUAUAGCUUGAACUGACUGCAUCAGGACAUUGUAUUUUUGAGUGGUGGAAAGGAGACGCGUGGGUUGUGCUUGUUCCGUGCGACCAACUUACACGGUCAGUCGUCUCCAAGCCGCUCUUUAAUUUCCAUUGGUCGCGAAUUUCUCUUUAAAGGUGGAUGGGGGGAGGCAGGUGAGCGGUUGGUUUGUGGUCAUUUUGAGUCCUCCGUUUCUAUAAACACGACUGCAUAAAGGAAUAAAGUAUUUAUGUUAUUUAUCCGAGAGAAACGGUUGAAAUGUUUUGUAUAAUUUUGGCAUCUUGAGCUACCACCUGCAGAACCUGUGGUGUGUAACCACCGUUAUGGACGACAGCUUUAGUUUUCCUGUAAGGCAGAAGGACUUAACCCUGGCCUAUCCUGCUCUUGUCAAUUAAAAAAACUCUAACGGGCGUGUGCGGCGAUGGGUUUGAAGUUCUUGGAAAUGUUUUGAAAAUAAAGUGUUUUCCUGCAUACCGCUGCA